AUGACGCGCUAUGCGAGCAGAUGGAGUACGUGUCAAGCAGGCUGUCCAAAGAAGAUCCGUGCUGUGGGCAAUGGUGCGUGCAUGGAGACCAGGCAGUGGUGUGGACCGACGCCAGCUCUAUCGCUGCCGGUGUUGUUGUGGAAACACCGCAAGGAGCUGCCAUCGAGGACGCAUGCUGGAUUAGAAGAGAUGAGAGCUCCCACAUUAACAUGGCUGAGCUGGACGCAGCAGUUCGUGGCGUCAAUCUGGCCAUCGCGUGGGGCACGUCUUCGCACCAAGGCUCAUGGGGAGAUGCUGAUUCACCGUCGGGUAGAUGUCAUCCGGCAGCUGGUGACGGAACUUGAGCUGGUCAUGUCUGUGACGCUCGUACGCUCCUCAGAGAACCGCGCUGACGCCCUCACGCGAGUCCCAGGGGAGUGGGUGCGAGGUGACAAAGACGGAUCGGCAGUGAGUGUAGCAGCGGUAGCAGCAGCAGCAGCAGCUAGCAGUCGGGAUAGCAGCGUGGCGAGUGUCGCUGACGUUCACAUACGUGCUGGCCAUCCCGGCGUGCGACGCACACUCUUCUUUGCACGACGUGACAUCUCACGACCAGUGACGCGUGCUGAAGCACGUGCUACUGUGCGGCAGUGUGAGGUGUGCCGCAAGAUCGACCCAGCGCCGGCGAAGUGGCAGCACGGGUCAUUAAAUGUGACUGAGACAUGGUGGCGUCUAGCGACAGAUGUUACCCAUUACCUCGGUAGCGCCUACCUGUCCCUUGUCGACUGCGGGUCGUCUCGGUUCGCUGUGUGGCGACACUUACGUCGUCAAGAUGCGGACACCGUCGUCAGUCACCUGGAACAAGUCUUCUGCGAGCGAGGAGCGCCGGCGGAACUGCUCUGUGACAACGAAACUGUCUUCCGAGGCCGGCGAUUCGCAGCUUUCGCGGCGCGCUGGGGCGUGUCGCUGCGCUUCAGAGGGGCAUACGCACCGUCUGGUAACGGUAUCGUGGAAAGGAACCAUCGCACGGUGAAGGUGAUAGCAGCGAGGAAGGGCUGCUCCGUUGCUGAGGCAGUCCACCUGUACAACGUGACGCCCCGGGACGAAACUGUGGCAUCAGCUCCCGUGAGUGGUAUUUACCGGUACCGAGUACGAGACUGCGUGCGGCACGAUCAGGUACAGCGUGCCGUUCACACCUCCCCUGAUGUUGCAAAGAAGAACUACACGGUUGACGAUGCAGUGUGGGUUCGGAGGCGGGGCGAGCGCUGCACCUCAGCAUCGCAGCCCGGCGUCGUCACCAGGGUGAACUCGCCGCAGGUGGUAGAGGUUGAUGGAGUCCCACGACACGUCAGGGACUUGAGACACCGCAGCAGCCUCUCAGUGAACGAAGCUGGCACUCCAGAUGAACCGGGAGUAGAAGAUGAACCCCCGCUUUAUGUUGACGCGCAAAGCCAGCUGCUGCAGCCGCAGGUGGCUGAACCCCCACCUGAGGCACCACGAGAAGCCGUGCUUCGAAGGAGUACCCGUGAGCGGCACCCUCCGCAGCGAUAUUGUUGUGAUCCUGGAGAUCAGGGGAGUGUGUAA